GACUGACGCCGGCGCCGCUCAGUACAGUCGCAACCAGCGAGCGCGUAGCGUGUUCCGUUUUUUUUUUGUCAUUACGAAAAAAGUUUGUUUUUCUCUAUUUUUAAAUUAGUGCUCACAAUUUACAUGUUUAUCAGCCGAACCUUGAACGAAUGUUAUAAAAAACGCGAGUGGGAGCGAUAAAUAAAUACGCCGGUUUCGUAAAUAUUUUUGGUGAAGGUUUUGAGUUGGAUUUUAUCGUAUUAUCUAGGACUGUUGAGCAACAAGAAUGGUGCAGAGGGUGGCGACGGACGAGCGGCCGUUCGAGACGCCGUCGUCCGACGAGAGCGGACUGGGCCGGAGCGACUCGCCCAGCGAUGAGUCCGAGCCGGAGGCAGCGUUGGUGGUGCCACCAGACGGCGGUUGGGGCUGGGUAGUGGUGGCGGCCUCGUUCAUGUGCAACUUCGUUGUCGACGGCAUCAUCUUCACCGGCGGACUGCUCAGCAAGCCCAUACAGGACGAGUUCAAUGCUACUGAAGGCCAGGUGGCGCCAGUGAUGUCACUACUCAGCGGGUUCUACCUACUUGUUGGACCCUUCGUAUCUGCCUUGGCUAACAAAUACGGUUUCCGCGUGGUCACAAUAGCCGGUAGUCUCAUUGCAUCUUUUGCCUUUGCCAUGUGCUACUUCGCGAGCAGCGUCGAGUAUUUGUACCUGGUUUUUGGUUUUAUUGGUGGUGUCGGAUUCUGUAUGAUCUACCUACCCGCCGUGCUGACCGUUGGGUUCUACUUCGAGAAAUGGCGGGCGCUGGCGACUGGACUCGCGUUAUGCGGAUCCGGAGUGGGCACCUUCGCGUUUGCACCCAUGACCAAGUACCUGCUCAACAUACUAGGAUGGCGACUCACUUUAGUCGUUUUUGCAGGCUUCAUUCUGACCUGCAUAAUUUUCGGAAGCCUCUUCAGGCCGAUAAACCCAGUGCGAGUGACGUUGGCGCAGCAGCAAGAGGAGGAGGAUAUUGCUCGACGCCACGAGGAGGCCGUCGAGAAACUGAACUCCAUCAUGAGUCUACACAAGAAGAUCAACAAUAGCCUAACCAUGCCUCACGAGAUGCGCUUCACAAACAAAGUGAGCCCACACACUUGGGUAGGAGUUGGUAACAACACCCAAUACCCUACAGCCGAAGAGAUCUUUAAAGGCUCCAACCAGCUCCUUAGCAGGCGCUCUUCAACAACCGCUGCCACGAUAAAGAAUACCCUCGGCAACAAACCCAUGUUCAUCACGUCGCCGGUCGAUGAGAAUGAGGAACAAGACGAUAAUAACGACAACAUCGAACCUCUAAUUUCGGAGUCGAUUAAAGUCGUCACACAAGAAGCUAGGCCGCGACGUCGGUCUCAACUGGAUCUUGUAGCCCGCCCGUUGUACAGGGACGAUAUCUUCUUCGGCGGUAGUUUGGCGAGGGUACCCCAAUACACGUCAAGGACAUCACUCGGCUACCAUCUAGCUGUGACUCACGUACCAACAAAGGAAGAGGAUCAAGAGGAGAAAACUGGGAAGUGCAAGCUCUGCCCUGAGGCUGUGAAGCGUGCCCUAGCGACCAUGUUGGACGUCAGCCUUUUCAAGUCCAUCACGUUUAACAUCCUGGCAGUGAGCGGAUUCAUCACGAUGCUGGGUUUCUUCGUCCCUUACAUGUACGUGACUAAACGCGCGGAGAAGCACGAAGUCCCAAACAGCGUGAUGCUGCUGUCGACGAUCGGCAUCGCCAAUAUCGUGGGUCGUGUCGCCUGCGGAUACGUGUCGUCACUGCCUAAGGUAUCCCCGUUGUGGCUGAACAAUAUAGCAUUGAGCGCAGGCGGCCUGGCCUCCAUGUUCAGCGGCUACUGCUACGACUUCUACUUCCAGCUCGCUUAUUGUGUUGUCUUCGGACUCGCUGUCGCUUGUUUUUCGUCGUUGAGAUCUAUAAUAGUGGUGGAGUAUCUUGGCUUGGAGCAGCUGACCAACAGUUUCGGACUCUUCCUGUUGUUUCAAGGACUCGGGGCCUUCCUUGGCGUACCAAUUGCUGGGGCCCUUUUUGAUAUGACUCAGAGUUUCGACAUAUCGUUCUACGUGUCUGGUGGUUUCAUGCUGUUCUCUGCUGUAAUGUGCUAUCCCAUAGACUACAUUAGUAGGUGGGAAAAAUCAAGAAGUAAAAAAGUAGCAACACCCAAGGUCUGAACGUAGUAGUAACGAGUAAACGAGACACAAUCUGAAUUAUAUUCUUCAGGACAUUUUAUUCAAAACAAUAAUUUUGUUAAUAAGAUCAAAAAGACAACUAUCGUUGAUUUUUCGAUAAAUAUUUUUGAUAGUAUGUAUCUUGUGUCUAUGGUUAUUAUGAAACCUGUUAAUGUUAGAAGAACAAAAUAAGUUAGGUAUUAAGUAGUUUGUAAGUCUGUAAUCCAUGCCAGUAAAGAAUAAGCUGUAACGUAAUUCUUGCGGCCAUAAAUGAAAGCACUUUAGAGACUAAAACAAUCUAAAAAUAAAACGAUCUUGAAUCGACUUAAGGCAUGGAUUAUGUUGUUUGCCAACAGUCCGUUUUAGGAUGUUUGUUAUUUAUAAUAUUAUUAUUAUGUUCCAUAUAAACACUGCCCUGUUUUCUACAACAUUUUAAAUACACGAGCUUGCCUAGUACUCUCUAUAUUGUUAAGAUUUUAAGACGUGUACCUACCUAUUAUAUUUAGGUAGCAACUUUGAAGUUAAGUACUUAUUUUAAAACUCCGUACUUAACAACCAGUAACAUCACAUUACCUAGUAUCACGUUUUUUGUUUUAUCUGUAUUUUUAUUUAAGUAUACCAUUUUGUAUAAUACGAAACGUUAUGUAUGAUUAUGGUAGUAUAUUUUGCUACUGUGAGAUGUGAGAACUUCUUAUGUUUAAACUUAACUAAAUUGAGUUUCUCUUAAUUUACAUUUUUUGUGGUUUUUACACUAUCCCGAUAAAAUUGCAAAGUAUAAUUUGCACAGAACUUAAUACAUUUGUCUACUUUUAUUACAAAAAAUGUAAGAAAUAGAAUAGAAUAUAAACUUCAGGUACCUACAUUCCCCAGAAUAGACUCAUGAAAAUAUUAUAUUAUAGGGGGGUCAAAAAGAGCCUACACUGCUUCGAGAAAAGGAUGGUACGGCCGGGCCUCUUUUUUGCUCCACUUGGUGGGGACACGGUAGUCUACACCUACUUUAAAAUUUAAAUUUUCUGUAGAACUUCCUGUUGAAUUUGAAUCGCAUUUAAGUAAAUUAGUUUUAGUUGAUAACGUACAAAUAAUACUAACUCGAAUUAUAUUUUAACAUUAUUUAACAAUGUAACAAAAACGUAGGCUUAAAAAUGAGUUGAGCUGUUAAAACUCUUAUCCUUAUACAUUCUUAAAUUAGCUCCAAAUAUACACUACAAAAGUUUUUCAUCAGUCUUUUUAAUAAAUGAAAAUAUAAAAAAAAACUUGCAUUUGCUCGUUAUUUUCUGCUUGUUACUUUUAGGAGAACAAAAAUAUUUUUAAAAGUACAAAAAUGGCCGCCAUUUUAAGUGCCGUGUGGUGCUAUUAGCCAACUUAAGUACUUUAAUGGAAAAUUUGUCCACUGUGUGAAAUAAGACUUGUUUUAGUUUAAGAGUCAGUGUGAGAGUGAAUUUAAAGUUAUAUUGUUGAUGUCAUGUGCCUUGAAUGAAGUGAUACUUAUUAGAUUUAAAUAUUGUAUCGUUAAGAUUAACCCAGGGUUGGAUGAAAAAAAUCCUAGUGUAAAUCUGACAGGGUCUUAUACAAAAUAUAGGCAGAGAUUAAAAUUAUACAACCUGGUUGAAAUAUCUUGAAACGGGGCGGCUUAGUUAUGGUUGCAUAGUUAUGCGGCAUCAAAUUGAGUCUAAAGAUAUUUUGACUUGUAAGUAUGUACUUUGUUAAGCGAAUUUAAUACUUAAAAGGUGCAGAUAUUAAAUGCAAUAUGAUAUAAAGGCCAAAACAGGUACUAAAUAUAGGGGCCCUUUUUAGGGGCACUUACUAUGGGCCCCAUUUGAGCUUAAUCCGUCCCUGUCAAUGUCCUUGUACGGAAAUCGGAAUGCUCCAUGAAAAGAUUUAUACAGAUGUAGAUUUAUAUACAUAAAUAUAUAGUUUAUCGACUGUGGCUGUGGUCUUAAUAAAUUGUAGUAAUAGUAAGAGUCAUAGUCAUAUUUAGUCUUAAGAACUGAUUUGAUCAACAGAUCAUGCCACAUUUAUUAUUUUAGCUAAUAAGGAAAUUAUUGUAACUUGACUUACAUAAUAUUUUAUAGUGUUAUACUUACUGUAUCUAUAAUCACAUUUUAGGUACCUGAUACUAGAUACAGUAGGUACAAAUCAAAGAGUGCGUCUUUUAUAACAAUAUACCUACCAAUAUGAAAUAAAUUAUGAAAUUGAAAAAAU